UCCUACUUCCUGCAAAUACUUACUAUUCCGGGGUUUGUAUGCGGUGGAUGAAUUCAGAGCUUUACUGAUAUUUAUGAAUUAUCAUGGCUGCUAUCACUUCUGCUUCGGCAACAGAACCUCCUGGACUAGAGACCCAGCGGCGAGAGAUCGAGACCAUUGUACAGAAUCAUGAACUCCGAGCUGGGGAUAGUUGGUAUUUGGUGGAGAGGAGAUGGUUUGAGCAGUGGAAAGAGUAUGUAAAAACUGGGGAUCAGAACUCUUCGUCCUUUCCUGGCCAGAUUGAUAACACAGAACUCUUUGAGGAUUUGGAUUCAUACCACCUAAAGGAGCGCCUGGUGGAGAACGAGGACUUUGUGUUGAUCCCAGCUGAGGCUUGGCGCAACUUGUUGGCCUGGUAUGGCCUGGUGGAUGAUCAACCUGCAUUAGAGCGGAAGGUUGUGGACCUACCCAGCACUGUGAAAGUUGAGGUCUACCCUGUGGAGGUCUUCCUCUGCCUACACAGCAACAUGGACAAUGUUGUGACAGCGCAGUUCAGCAGAGUAGACACCAUACAGACCAUUGAGAAGAUGAUGAGGAAGCAGUUUGACGUUGGAGAGAGCGCUGAGACACGGCUCUGGAUGAAGAGCUCCGACACCAGCUGUGAGCGCCUGCGAAACAUUUACGUGUCCGUCCUUGACUCCUGCCUCAGCUCUGGGAUGACGGUGAUCAUGGAGAUGAGAAAUGCGGACGGGACCUGGCCAAGCUCCAGGCCUCAGAUAAUGAGGAACUCUGUGGAGGAGCAGGACUCGUACCGGGGGCAACCAGGGGUGUGCGGCCUGACCAACCUGGGGAACACCUGCUUUAUGAACUCUGCCCUGCAGUGUCUUAGUAACACACCACAAUUGACUGAGUACUUCCUCCGCAACGCGUACCUCGAGGAGCUCAACUUCACCAAUCCCCUGGGCAUGAAGGGAGAGAUCGCCGAGGCCUACGCUGAUGUCAUCAAACAGAUGUGGACUGGCAGGCACUACUCUGUGGUUCCACGUGUCUUCAAGACGAAGGUGGGCCACUUUGCCUCGCAGUUCCUGGGCUACCAGCAGCACGACUCCCAGGAGCUUCUAUCCUUCCUGCUGGACGGCCUCCACGAGGACCUCAACCGCGUCAAGAACAAGGAGUACAUCGAGCUGAGGGACGCCGAUGGCCGACCUGACCAGGAAGUAGCAGAGGAAGCGUGGCGUAACCAUAGGCGACGGAACGACUCUGUGAUCGUUGACACUUUCCACGGGCUGUUCAAGUCAACGCUGGUUUGUCCAGAAUGCCACAAAGUCUCGGUGACCUUUGACCCCUUCUGCUACCUGAGUGUCCCCUUGCCAGUCAGCAAGGAGAGGGUGAUGGAGGUGUUCUUCGUCUCGCUUGACCCUGGUGCCAAGCCGGUCCAGCAUCGAGUGGUUGUGCCCAAAGCUGGUAAGGUGAUUGACUUGUGCAUCGCCCUAUCCCAGGUAACAGAUGUGCCAGCCAAUCAGAUGGUUGUGGCAGACGUGUUCAACCACCGCUUCUAUAAGAUUUACCACUCUGACGAGUCUCUGAGCUGCAUUCUGGACAGAGAUGAUAUAUUUGUGUAUGAGCUGAGCAGCGGGGCAGUGGAGGAUGAUGGGGAGGAGGUGGUGCUGGCUGUGUACCUGCGGGAGCGCCCCCACUACCGGGACUACGGCUCAGGCAGCAGCUAUGGCACCUCACUGUUUGGCCACCCGCUCCUGAUGGCCGUGCCCCGCGAGCAGUGCACCCGCGACGCCCUCUACUACCUGUUCCUGCAGCGCCUGGCGCGCUACGUUCACACCCCGGAUCCCUCAGACGAGGUUGAGGAAGAGGAGGCGGAUGAUGAAGGUGGGGAAGAUGAGGAGGAGGAAGAGUUGUACAAGACCCAGACCAAUGGACUGGGCAACGACAAAAGAGAUGAUGACUGUGAAAAGGCAGGACCUUCCAAGCAGGCUGGCGAGGGGGAAGAAUGCACCACUAAGAUGACUCCAUCAGUGGGGCAGGCUGAUGGACAGAACAAUGGCCAAUCAGAGCCCAGUUCGGAGGAUGCGGCCAGCGACCCGGAGAGGGGCAGCAGCUCGGAGGAGGGCCAGUCGGCCGGCAGCAGCAGCGCCGACACAGCCACCCAGUCGGACGUCGCCACCACCGAGGCCUCUGGGAAGGCGGAGGACCAGGACGAGGAGGACGAGGAACAGGGGGAGGAAGAGGAGAGGAGGGAUGGGGAUUCAACAGCUAUAGCUGGUGCAUCGUCAGGGAAACGGCUGACGGGGAGCGGGAGGAAUGGGCAAGGUAGGAAGAGGCGGAGACCGCUUUUCACCAUCCAGGCGGUCAACUCCAACGGCACCACGGAGAGAGGGAUGGGCGAGGGGGGCAGCGCCUUCUCCUUCAGCUCUCAGCCUUACGUGGCCAUCGACUGGGACCCUGACAUGAAGAAGAAGUACUAUGACGAUAACGAGGCUGAGAAAUAUGUGAAACACGCCAGCAUGGAGGUCCCCCAUCAGCAAACUACUGUGCAGCUGCAGGAGUGUAUCGAACUCUUCACUACUGUGGAGACCCUAGAGGAGGAGAAUCCCUGGUACUGCCCCGUGUGUAAGAAGCACCAGCUGGCCACCAAGAAGCUGGACCUGUGGUCUCUACCAGAGGUUCUCAUCAUCCACCUCAAGCGCUUUUCCUACACCAAGUACUCCCGCGAGAAGCUGGACACUAUAGUGGAGUUUCCCCUACGAGAACUGGACUUCUCCGGCUACCUCUUGCGAAAGCCUGGGGCCAAUGGGGAACCUCCCAGUCGCUAUGACCUCAUGGCCGUGUCAAACCAUUACGGAGGCCUGAGGGAUGGACACUAUACCAGUUAUGCCCGGAACAAAGACAAUGGGCAGUGGUAUUACUUUGAUGACAGCAAGGUGACCUAUGCAAGGGAGGAUCAAAUAGUGACCAAUGCUGCCUACGUUCUGUUCUACCAGCGCCAAGACAAGAUCCGCAAACCCACCCUGCCCGCCCCUGCAGAUGGUUGUGCUGCCUCGGUGAAGCCCGCCAACGACUUCACUUCCUCUAACCACGAUGGCCUGGCUGCUGCUACUUCCUGCGUCAACAUGGAAACUGACUGAAGCUGUCUCUCUCUUGUUUUCUUUUUUUUUUUAUUUUGUUUUGUUUGAUUAUUUUGUUUUCCUACCAUCCUCUUUUGGGUGUGUCCGUUUUUUUUCUUUUUUUUUUUUCUUCGUUUCUUUGUUUCAUUGUUCUUUUUUUUUGGGGGGGGGGGGGGGGACAACAAAAACAAAAACAAAAACUUGAACCUUCUACCUCUUUGCAAACAUGAAAGCAGAGGAAGAGGCUAAAAUCUCAGGCCAAGGAGAGGAGGUGGAAGGGAGGGAGGGAGGGAUGGGGUAACCAAGAAAGAGGAAGCGUCCGGGGGCGACCAUAGGAGAUGAGCGAAUGUUGCGCGGCGGUUUUGUAGGGAACAGGUGCGGACAGAUUCAGAAGUGGCGGUCGAAUAUGUCUGUGUUUUUCUGCUUUAUUAUCUGUUGCAAACAUCCUUACGCUCAGAAUGUUUGGGUUGUUGCCACAUGUUGUUGAAUUUUCUUAUUCAUUCAAAUGGUGAAUGUAGCUACUGCAUGUCUGGGCAGGAGAAGCAUUAAGAGUGCAGCCAAUUUUAUUCCACUGUGUCUGACUCAGUUCCUGCCUCCCCUUACUACUUACACCAGCAGUUGGCUUUGUGGAAUACGCUACAGCUCACAAGAUCUGAAAGGGUGAUAUCUAAGAACAGUGAUCUGUGGCUGAACAGGAAAGAAUUCUUUUUUUUUUUUUUUUUUUGUCUGUCAAAUAAGUAUCAGUUAUAUCAAUCACAUUCCGUUUUCCCCUCCCUCCGUCAUAUCAGGGACUGCAUGAACAGAUGUGGCUGACGAGUUGCAAUAAGUGAUCCUGCAAGGCAAGCUGAAAGACCACAUACUUGUUGUUGAGGCAUAUUUUAUGUAAAGACAGAUGUGGUUGAACAGUAGCUUUGAAUCUUGUGAUAGAUUAUUUAUUGAUCAUUUUAAGAUUAAUUAUGAGGGACACUGGUGGGAUUUUGUGUUUGUUUUUCUUUCAUAAGUAUGUUUCCUGGUGUUUUCCCAGUGACAUCAGAAUGCUUUUAAAACAGAUCUUCCACUUGUUCUUUUAGAAAGUAAACCUCUGUUGCAGGACACAGAUUCAUAUUUCUAAGGAAGAGUUUGUAUUUAUCUUUUGCAAUAGAUUCAACAACAAAGCAUUUAAAUUAUACUCUUUUCUGUUUUGCCCCCAACACUUGUGCAAUUUCUAUAUUCCUUUGAGCAACGAGAAUAUUUCAGCUAAGUGCUUUCUGGAUAGAGCUCUUGAUCUGUUGAUUUUUAAAAAUUGCAUCUGUACAGUAUUUUUGUAUUGUAUUAUCUUUGAUCAUCUGGAUCAGAUGCAGGGGACUGGUGAUCUUUACUUUUAUUUUGUUUAUAGAUUGAAUAUAUUAUUAUAUUGUAUACGCUUCUUUUGAUAUAAAUAAAUGAUGAUUAAUAGGCUUGA